AAUUAGCUAGCUAGCCUCCCACCCAUUGGUUAAUUGAUGGAGUUAAUUAUUACAGUUCACAGUCAUUCCUAAGCCAGUAAUGUGGUCAAAUAAGACACACUUCGUGGUAUAUACAGUAUUAUCAUACUAUACAGUGUAACCCAAAGAACACUAUCCCCACUGUGAAUCACCAAUAUGGGUGUAUAAUAUUGUGGUUAUGCUUUAGUGCUUAGUACUUCAUUUAGUACUUCAUAGGCAGCAAAUCACGCUUUGUCAACCAUCAGCAUGAAACUCAGCAAAAAAGUUGGUUUUAAAUAUUUUUCACAAAAUGUUGGUAUGGUAUGAAAAUAGAAAAUAGGAAUGUAAUGUAGUAUUUUUUUCCUAUUUUACAGGUACAUAAUAAAACUUUGAGCCCAGAGAGCUUUACUGUACUCCAAUACUACCAGUGACAUGUGUCCGAGUGGUUUCAAACAUAGAUACAAUGAUAAAACUGUUGAUACACUUAAACAAUGGCUGUCCUUUAUUUAACGACUCUAGCGCAGUAGCUCGGUCGCUCACUCACUCACUCACUCACUCUCUCAUCACUUCGGCUCUGUUGCCAAGGUUACCGUACAGCCUCUUGCUGCAUAUAUACAUGAAGCUCCUGCUUAUGGAUCUCUUGCCGCUCCAGUAUACAAACAAAAGGAACAGCAUCAAGCUUUUAUACCUAUAUAUCUCUCUUCCCCAGACAAGCACACGGGCACACACUCACAUUUCCAAAUCUCACACACGCCUAUUGCCUUUCUCUGCCUCUUCGCGUCCUUCACCAGUGCGAUCACAGAUUGCUUCUAUUCCCAGACAGAGAAGCAGUGCAAGGAUUGGUGUGGUGUUUUGUGCUCAGCUUCUAAUUUCUGGCUCUGGGGUCGCAAAGCGGCAGAUGGCAGUGUGAAAACAGGGCUCAGCCAGGUAAGAGGACUUAUCCUAUUUAUACUUAAGGCAGUGGAUGAGUGACUGGUCCAGCCCUCCUCUCCUUCCCUCUCCUUUCCUCUCCUUCCCUCUCCUUUCCUCUCCUUUCUUCUCCUCUCCUCUCGUCUCCUCUCCUCUGCUAUCUCUGUCUCUCCUUAUUCCCCCCGUGUGGCUGUGCAACAUGAGGUGAAUAUCAAUUCCUCAGCAAAGCACCCACGGUUCAUAUGGCUGCUGCAGUUUCCAGGCUGUGAAAAGACCAUCUGCACAACAGUGGCCAAUCUGGGCCAACUGCAAAAAAAAUUCAGCUUAAUCAUGUGAUCUGACUUUCCUUCAAAUAUCAAUCCCCAUCAUAGGAGAUCAUGAAUCGCCGGCUGAGCAGCUCCACCCGUUCUCACACUGAGGACUCCAUCUUCCUGAGACCUGAUGAAGACCCCGUCUGGUUGGAUGAGCCGACAAAGAUGGAAAAAAUGGGCGAUGGAGGGCCCAAAAAAGACGCACUGCCCGAGUUCAGGGAUGGAACCUCAGGGGGCAAAAGUUUACACAGGGAGGAACAAUUCAUGCACAAACUGUGGGUACUUUUAACACAGAUCCACUGCUGGGCUGCAGCAUUCCUCGCCUCCCAGGUUACGGGGUACUGGGUGUUCUUUGUGCUGGAAGGAAAUGGACCCCUGUCUUCCAUCUACAAAGCCCUGCACAUCAUUGACUUCUACCUUGGCUUCAUCUUACCCUGUCACCCGAUCUUUGGAGUGGAUUCCAAGGUGCUGACAAAUGAAGUGAUCAACACCACCCAGCACACUUGGAUUGUCCAGGGCACUGUAGGCAGCGGUAUAGCCAUCUGUGUUGUCAUGGUCAUCCAUAUGGCGUACAAAUGGCACUACGGUACUGGCCUAUGGUUAUCAGGAAGUGCAUCAGGAGACAUUAGUGAUCGGCGACAGUCCGUGAGCCGACAGCCGUCCUUUACCCUGUCUGAGUGGACGGAUGCUCAAGAAGACCUGCUGGACCUUGACACGAUCCCACAGACGCCUGUCUUUGAAAUGGGCACUGACACAAGGACAGAGUGUGACGCUGCAACCCUCACGGUAACACCUGUGGGUCUUCAGGAAAGGAGGGGCUCCAAUGUGUCCCUGACCUUGGACAUGUGUACUCCAGGCUGCACUGAGCCUUACGGCUAUGGGGCCCAACUCUCACCAAGAGACCAGUCAGCCCAGGAGUAUCUCCGACAGGGAACACACAUCCUGACCCCGGCUCUGCUCCACACACGGGCCAUGGACGACCAGAGCCUGCAGGCUGAGUUUUAUGAAACUCCCAUGAACUUUGUCGACCCAAAGGAGUACAACUACCCAGGGCUGGUGAGAAAGAACCGCUACAAAACCAUCUUACCCAAUACGCACAGCAGAGUGAUAUUAAAAUCUCAGGAUGAGGACGACUUCCUGUCAACGUACAUAAAUGCCAAUUACCUGAAAGGAUAUGAUGGUGAGGAGCACGCCUACAUCGCCACUCAGGGUCCCACAGUGAACACAGUGGGCGAUUUCUGGAGGAUGGUGUGGCAGGAGAGGAGCCCAAUCAUUGUGAUGAUCACCAAUCUGGAGGAGAAAAACGAGAAAUGUGCAGAGUACUGGCCCGAAGACACUGUGACCCACGAGGGCAUGGAGAUCACCCUCGUCAGAGUAACACAGGAAGACGAUUACAGCCUGAGGGUGUUUACACUCAAGUACGAGGAGGAGGAGCGCAGCUUGUGCCAGUACUGGUACACCUCAUGGCCCGACCAAAAGACUCCAGACAAAGCUCCGCCCCUGCUGGAACUGGUACAAGAAGUGGAGAGAGCCCGAGCAGUGGCCCCACCAUUCAGUGGCCCCAUAAUUGUCCACUGCAGUGCUGGUAUCGGUAGGACUGGCUGCUUCAUUGCCACCUCUAUCCUGUGUAAGCAGCUGAGAACCGAGGGUGUGGUGGACAUCCUGAGAACCACCUGCCAGCUCCGUCUGGACCGUGGUGGGAUGAUCCAGACUUGUGAGCAGUACCAGUUUGUGCACCAUGUCCUCAGCCUGUAUGAAAAGCAGCUGUCUCACACUGCUGAAGAAUAGUAGAAUGCUACAGCCAGAUCGAGACACACCACUGUACAAUGUACCACCUCUGGUGGUAUGCACCACUGUACCUAUAGCGUCAUCUCAAUCUCACCCUUUAACAAGUCCCAACCACGUGGUUUAAUUUAUCCAUGACAAAAAUUCUCAGAGAUGAACGAGCGGCUGAAAUGCGUGCUGGAUGGUUAUCUUUCAGUAGAAGAGAAUUUAAUUGAAAAAAAGGGGAUUUGAGGUAGAAACUUCAUCACACCUUAGUGUUAUUGAUCCAUGCUGCCCUGGAGAGUCGCAAAAGUCAAGCUCCACCCAUUAUUUCAUUCAUCAAGGCCCUGUUUUAGUACUUGGUCCUAUAACCUCUCGUAUAUUGUACUGUAUGUGCAGUAAUUGAAAAGGUUAAAGUAAUGAAGAAAUCGAAGUACAGUAAGACUCCCAUACAAUACCUAGUGUUAUAAUUACUAACCUUUCACAUAAAAGUGCCAGCAUAAUUCUAUUAAAAUUAAAUCCAAUAAUGAUAUAUGAAUAUUAAAAAAAAUUGAAAUCCUAUUAUAUAUUUUUUGUGAAUUUCUCUUUUACUGCAUCUAUUACAGAAGGUCUGUGUUAACUUGCUUUCAGGAGCCUCCACAUCUUCAGGUUGCAUGGUGCUAUGUGUUCAUCAAAGCAUGUGCAAUGUAACGGAACAAAGGAAUGUAGUACUAUUACAAUACUAACUCAUCGGAAUCUCUGUGCGAGUCAUCACAGUUCUAUCGCUCAAUCUGUGCAGUCCUCAUGGCCCAUGAUGGUAACAGUCAACAACAAAUUCAUACAUAAAAAGAAAAAUAGUCGUACGUACAUCCAGAGGCGUCACAGAGUCAGUGACACUCAGAGACCAGAGGAAAGAAAUAAAAUUAGACCGUCAGGAAAGAACCUGUAUAUACACAGCCAACUGUACCACAUAGAGGGGAAAAAGACACACUUAUGGCUCCUUCUUUUCUACAUGUCCCAUUAAUAUCAUGAUGCUUCCUCACAGUCACAUGCUCUUUGACACCUCUGCUCUCAAACAUAGCUUGAGAUUAUCCAUGAUGUAAGAACCCUAUGAUCGUUGUAUAGACAGGCCAGACCUAAUCUGUAUGAAGCACAAUAGACUAACUGAGGUUGUAUUUCAGACGUUCAGCUGUAAAAGUUAUUUUUCUUAUCCGUACUGUGUUUUUGAUUGUGUUGAGUUUAAUGGAUUGCAUGUGCUGUUUGGGACUCCAUAGGUCCACAAUCAAAAUGACGUAACUGGUUGUCCUGCUUUCUGUUGUGUAAAAGGCUUCUUAGCUUGUUCUAUUGCUCGCUCUCGGCCAAUGCUUUUGAUACAGUUUGCUUUUGUGAAACCAACCAGAGAUAUUUUUAGAACAUUUUGAUACAAUCCUUUCAAGUAGAUGCCUUGUGUAUAUUUCCGUUUACACCAUGAUGGAAUGUAGCUAAUACUGUGGAAUAAACCAUCAGUUUAUAUUGCAAGAUUUGACAGAACAAAAUGUGACACGUACCUAAAUUACCUUACAGUAUUAAGAAUAAGUAGUUCAGUCUUCAGUAUUAUUACUUUAUGCUGAUAACCUUUGCUUUAAUAUGCUUUGCUCUCUGUGUUUUGAAUCGUUUUCUGGGAUAAUUGUACCUCAGAAUACAUUUUUACAUCAAAUUAAGCCCACUAGUGAAUAUGGGCCACUCUCGGUAAACAACACAAGAAAUUAUUGCUAUAUGUAAGGCAGCUAAAACAGUGACGAUCAUUUUUAUUAUUAAUUAAAAACAAGAAAAAAAACAUUUCUAUCUUGACUUAAUACAUCAGGUUAAUGAUCAUGAACAUCAUCAGACGAUGACAUCACUGUGGGCUCAUUCUAAAGCAGCACAUCAUGAAGCAAAUUGGACUGCCAUAGUAUUCGUUUCUGUGAGCAGACAAGACAAACAUUAAGACCAAAAGCUAGUUUGUCAGAUGUUGGAAAUCUGAUAAUGUCCAUUGUUCUUGACGCUAAGGCUUUUUAUGAGAGCUUGUUUUCAGUGCUCACCUGAUCCUUCCAUGAAUCACAAUGGAGAUGAUGACAUUUAAGUCAAACAUUCAACCAACCAGCAAUCAGUAUUUCCCUCCUGUGCUACAGUAUUGCUUUAAGUUGUGGGUUUUUUGCAUCCAAAUAAAAGUAGAUUUUCAUGAACUGUGUUGUUUCUCUUACUUGACAUUUUCUGACACACAGAUAACUGAGUCUCCUUAUUGACUGAUUGUGGAUGGCAUAGAUUUUAUGCACAAAGUACAUAACCAUCACGCAAUUACUUUUUCUCAAUUGGUUGCAGUUAGACAUUUUU